CUUUUAUCUAUAUAUAUUCAUGGCUGCAAGCAUUUAGGACAAACACAAAUCAUUCACAUCCUAAACCAUUUUAAUUUCAAAAACUUGCUUCUUGCUUACAAGUCUUCCUACAACCAUUUGAAUUUAAGUUCUAACACAUACAAAAAUGGGUUUUCGUUUCUCUGGUAUCAUCAGAAGGGCAUCAUUUUCUGCAAACCGAGCAGUUUCAAAAGCUGUUGACAUGCCAAAGGGAUAUAUUGCCGUGUAUGUUGGAGAGAAACGGUUUGUGAUCCCAAUAUCAUACUUGAACCAACCAUUAUUUCAAGACUUAUUGAGUCAAGCUGAAGAAGAGUUUGGAUAUGAUCAUCCAAUGGGUGGCCUCACCAUUCCUUGCACGGAAGAUGUCUUUCAACAUAUAACAUCUCGCUCGAAUGGGCUAUGAAUCUGACACCAAAAGAAACUGACAUAGUUUAGUAGAGACAUUUUUUUGUAAACUAGGCAUCUAAUGAAAUUGUAAAGAUGGGAAAAAGUGACUAUUAGAUUGACAAAUUUAUGGAAUAUAAAUAUUUUUUGUUAUAAUGAAAACGAAUUCGACUAUUCAAGUAA